CUUUCGAGAAGAAAAAGUUUAUUUUCAUCCGACUCACUCUCAUAUCCUCCGAUUAGUGAAAGUGAAAAAAAAUCCCUCCAAAAUCAUCAUGUUCAGGACAAUUCGUGCAAGUUUUCGUGCUUUUGGAACCAUCAGUGUGUUGCAUAGUCGAAAGGGAACAUAUUUAAAAUAUCCAGUAGGAUUUCUUGUUGGCACGGGUGCAGCACUUUUGUGGACAACACAGAAUGUUCAUACUGAACGAAGACGGCAGCGUAUUAAUACCAAUCAAUUCAUGGCACUGCCAAUUACGAGUGUUAAGCACUUGGAGGAAUAUCCAGAAGACAUGAAGAGUCAGAUGGAAUUAAUGAUAAUGCGAGUGCAAGCAGAUUUUUGUCGUGCCCUAGAGGCUGAGGAAUUUGCAGGGAAAAAGUUUAAGAUAGACAGAUGGGAGAGAAAGGAAGGUGGUGGAGGAAUUACAUGUGUCUUGCAGGAUGGCGAAGUAUUUGAAAAGGCUGGCGUUAAUAUAUCUGUUGUAUCGGGAAAUUUACCACCUGGUGCUGUUCAACAGAUGCGUUCUCGUGGCAAGAAGCUGGCAGAUGGACAACUACCCUUUUUCGCAGCCGGAGUCAGUGCUGUCAUUCAUCCCCGGAAUCCCUUUGUGCCUACAAUCCAUUUCAACUAUCGCUACUUCGAAGUUACGGACUCCACGGGCCAAAAGCAAUGGUGGUUCGGUGGUGGCACAGAUCUCACACCCUACUACCUGGACGAACAGGAUUCUAUUCACUUCCAUCGUACAUUAAAAGAAGCCUGUGAUCAACAUGAUCCCAGCUACUAUCCUCGCUUCAAGAAGUGGUGCGAUGAAUACUUCCAUAUUCCCCAUCGGAAGGAAUGCCGAGGUAUUGGUGGCAUCUUUUUUGACGAUCUCGAUGAGCCAUCGCAAGACGAUGCCUUUGCUUUCGUAUCCUCCUGUGCUGAUUCUGUAAUCCCAUCGUAUAUGCCAUUGGUCAGGCAGCAUAAAAACGACUCUUAUGGUGAUCCUCAACGCACUUGGCAACUUCUUCGUCGUGGACGCUAUGUUGAGUUCAAUUUAAUUUAUGAUCGGGGUACUAAAUUUGGACUACACACUCCUGGAGCACGUUUCGAAAGUAUCCUCAUGUCCCUCCCUCUGACGGCUCGCUGGGAGUAUAUGCAUGAACCCAAAACUACUUCACGGGAAGGACAACUCUUGGCCGUACUGAAAAAUCCACGCGAUUGGCUACAGAUUGAGAAAAAACCCUGAUCCCAACUACCUCUCUCCAUGUCCAGUUCCAUGUCCAACUGAGCUGUGGCCGUGCAGAGAGAGAGAGGCUUCUUCGUGCCAAUUGUCGUUCUUUCGGUAAGACUAAAACAAAAAUUGUAAUGGAAAUUACAUUAUUUAUUCAGCAAAGUGACCAUUCUUUGUAAAUAUAUAUAUAUAUAUAUAUAUAUAUAUAUUUAUCUACAUGCCAGAGAUCAGUUUAAUUUUUACACAAUAAUCGUCUAACAGAGUGUAAAAAUUUUGUAAACUUUGAAAUUAUUUCUUUUACAAAAAAAAUGUAGAUAUUUCAUUAUAUUCCAUUUUGUGAAACAUUUAUCAAAAUUUGUUGAUGAAAUAAAGAAAAGCUAGGUGCUCCUGUAA